CCAUAACUCAAUCUUCGUCUAGGGUUUAGCAAUCUGAAGAGAGUCACAAUCUCCUGAGAUUAGAAACGAAGUACGAACUCGAAUCCAGAUGGUGAUCAGAUCUCUUUCCACCGCCAUUGCAUCGACGGCCAAGAGAUUUGUUCAUCAGAGCGGUUCCUGUUGCUGGGGACGACGAGCUCUCUCUUGUGCCACCGCUGAUUACAGAGAUACACUGAGAAACGAGCUACACGAUCUAAAGCUAGAUGAUGCGAUUGGUUUAUUCAACGUCAUGGUUCGAUCUCGUCCCCUCCCUUCAACUUUCGAUUUCAGUAGAGUGUUGACUGCGAUCGCGAGGAUGAAGAAGUUCGACAUCGUCAUCACUCUCUGCCAAGAGAUGGAGCGUUUAGGGAUCCCGCAUAACAUCUACACUUGCAACAUUCUCAUCAACUCUUUCACCCGGUGCUCUCAGUCUCACCUCUCUCUUGCUUUAUCCUUUCUUGCGAAGAUGGUCAAGCUUGGGUACGCUCCUGAUAUAGUCACGCUCAGCUCCUUGCUCAACGGGUUCAAGGGGGUCUCAGACGCAAUGUCGUUCUUGAAUCGAAUAGAGGGGAUGGGAUACAAACCGAACGUUGUCAUCUACAACACUCUCAUCGAUUCUCAUUGCAAAGGCGGUCGUGUGAGUGAUGCACUCCAAGUGUUCGACGUAAUGAAGGGGAAAGGGGUUGCGCCGAGUGUUGUUACCUACAAUGCUAUGAUAAGGGGUCUUUGUAAGUCGGGGAGAUGGAGUGAAGCUGAUGGGUUGCUUAGCGAUAUGGUGGAGAAGAGAAUCCAGCCGAAUGUGGUUACUUUCAGUGUGUUGAUCGACGCGUGUGUGAAGGAAGGGAAUGUCUUGGAGGCUAAGGAGUUGUACAAGGAGAUGAUCAGUAGGUCUGUAGUUCCUGAUAUUCGCGUUUACAACUCACUCAUCAAUGGUCUUUGCAUCCACGGUCGGUUAGACGAGGCGAGGAAGAUGCUUGACUUCAUGGUAAGCAAGGGCUGCGUCCCGAACGUGGUGACGUAUAACACUCUCAUUAAAGGGUUUUGCAAGUCUAAGAGAGCGCACGAUGGGAUGAAACUCUUCUGCCAGAUGAAUCACAAAGGAGUGCGCGGCGACGCGUUCACUUACAACACUCUCAUCCAUGGUUACUGUCAAGUGGGGAAGUUUAGUGUCGCCCAAAAGGUUAUGAAGCGGAUGUCAGAGUCUUGCGUGCCUCGCGAUGUCAUCACCUUCAACAUUUUGUUAGAUUGUUUAUGUGGUAUUGGGAAGAUAGAGAAAGCUUUGACGAUAUUUAGGGAUAUGGAAAAGAAUGAGAUGGAAUUUGAUAUAUUUACUUAUAAUAUCAUCAUUCAUGGGAUGUACAAGUCUGGUAAGAUGGAAGAUGCCAUGGAGUUGUUUUGUAGCCUGAGCCUUAAAGGAGUGAAGCCUGAUGUUGUAACGUACCGGACAAUGAUCUCGGGAUUGUGUAGGAAAGGCCUGCGACACGAAGCGGAUGUGCUGUUUAGACAGAUGACAGAAGAUGAGUUUCUGCUACUGUACAAUUUGUAGGAAUCCUCGUAUUCAUUUGUAUAACCUCUUUGAAUAUAGGAAGAUACAGAGAUACAAAGAGUAAUAUAGAAACAUACUGUAAGUGAUCCCUUACUCCAGUUUUGCUGUAUACUUAAAAAAGUUUGGGUUUCAUACAGAAAAAGUAUCUUUUUCGUCUUAUUUUCUGAUUAUUUAGUACAUUUUUUAGUUGAAAUGUUAUAGUCUAAUUGUUUUCAGUGUUUGGUCUAAAUUUGACUUAGAGAUUACUCCGGUGGUUGGAUCAAAGAGUCAACAUUGCAUUGUGUAAGGUGGCGAAAACUGAGUUAAGGGAAAAAAAAAAAAACUGCUCUUGGUGAUCAACGUGUAGAUGGGUAACUGAGAUGCCCGACAUUAAGAAAUGAGUAGUAAGUGAAAGACAAUUGUGGCUGAGCGGUGAAGAAUAAGCUUCAGUAACGCAUGUGAAAAUCCAAAGUGCAUUGAGAUUAGUAUGAUUGCUGCAAGCAUUUGAAACUCGACUGUGCUGUCCUCCAUUUCUCGUAACUAGAAUCAGUUGGUUUGUAAUUAGUGAACCUGUCUUUGUUUCUGCGUGGCUGUGAUUUUGAGCUCUUCAUGGUGUUUAGAUUGACAAUGCAGAUCCAUGUGAUUUCAUGGUAGCAGGGAGAGUUAUGAGUGAUGUUGCAAAAAGAAGAUAAUCCAGCCAUUAUUUGAGUUGUGACAAGGAAGCUUAUGCCCUGAUGAGUGAUGACGUCCAACAAUAUUAAAUAUUGGUUCCAAACGUGAUCCGAUCUGCCAUUAUUGUUGAGGCACUGAAGAAGCGUGUUUCUUGAGAAAGGACUUAUGGAACAAAAAAAUGUAGGAAAAGCUUCAGAAUUGUCAUAGCCAUCAUCAAAAGUUUCUGAUUGGUCCCACAACGCUUUGAUUCUUGUUCUUGCCAAAGAAACGAACUAAAAGCUUAUUCUUGCUUGUAAACCGGUAUUUACUAUCGAUUGUCAUACUUUUACAAAGUGAAGAAAUAAUUAUCCGUUUUUAUCUU